CCAAACACACCCUUAUUGGUUCCAAAUCUCCGGUCUGAAACAAUGUCCAACUCCGUCGGUCCGGUUCUGGUUUAACGACCACCCGGACACAAAGGGGCCGCCAUUGCAAUCCUGCCGCCGAGGUUUCGAAGGUCCUGGGCAAGCAAGAGCGAAGACCAAACAGACAACAUAGUCGAAAAAUCCAUCGAUUAUCGAUCGGGAAGCUCACGACUGGGUAAUGUUUAACAGAGGAAGGUAUUUCGAUAGUGGCGAUCCCAGAGAAAUGGGGCCCAAAAGGCAACGGAUUAUGGACCAGGGAUCUUCUUAUUAUUCGGUGCCGCCUGGAUCGAGUUACAUGUACAAUCCUCCUCCACUCCCACCUCAUGACUCUCCUUAUGUUGGCCAGCAUCCUCCAUCUCUCCCCGUUGUUCGCCUCCGUGGCCUCCCAUUUGACUGCUCUGAAGUUGAGAUUGCAGAUUUCAUGCAGGGAUUGGAUGUGGUUGACGUCCUUCUUGUUCACAAGAAAGGCAAGUUUACUGGAGAAGCUUAUUGCGUUCUGGGAUACCCUCUCCAAGUUGAUUACGCUCUCCAGAGGAACAGACACAACAUUGGGAAAAGGUAUGUUGAGGUUUUCAGAAGUGGGAAGAUGGAAUAUUACAGGGCUAUAUCAAAUGAAGUUUCUGAUUCCCGUGGAGGCAGCGGGGGCGGAGGAGGUGGUGGUGGUUCAGUUCGCCCGAGGGCAAAGUCGUCCCCGAGGGAAAAGUCUUCUGAGGAGGGGAAAGACUUAGAGGAACAUACGGGCGUGUUAAGGUUGAGGGGUCUUCCAUUCUCGGCUACUAAGGCAGAUAUUAAAGAUUUCUUUAAGGAUUUCUCACUUUCAGAAAACUCGAUUCAUUUGACUGCCAAUUCAGAAGGGAGGGCAACCGGGGAAGCAUUUGUUGAGUUUUUGAAUGCGCAUGAUUCCGAAGCUGCAAUGGCUAAGGAUAGGAUGAAAAUUGGGAGUCGGUAUAUUGAGCUGUUUGCUUCUUCUCUUGAGGAGUUAGAGGAUGCGGUUUCAAGGGGCGGAUUACUGGAUAACAAACAAUCUGAGGGCCAGGAUGCAGCAGUGACAGAGAACACAUCCGUGCUGCGAAUGCGGGGCCUACCAUAUUCAGUCAUCAAAGAAGACAUCAAGAAGUUCUUUGAAGACUUCGUCUUGUCAGACGAGUCGAUCCACUUCAGGGUAAACGCCGAAGGGAGGCCGACAGGCGAAGGGUUCGUGGAGUUUCGUGGGCCCGAGGACGCGAAGGCGGCGUUGGCAAAGGAUAGGAUGAAGCUCGGCAGCCGCUAUAUUGAGCUUUUCCCUUCAUCACUUGAGGAACUGAGUGAGGCUCUUUCAGGGGUGGUUCAUUGAGAAGGCAUAUGUUCUUUGUUAGGCUUCUUAGGGAGGGGAUGGUUUAUUGAGUUUUUUUGAAGCAUUAAAGGAUGGUGUGUUCUAAUGUGAUCUUUAUACUUGAAAUAUGAAUUCAUUUGAGACUUUUAUUUGUUCAUGACAAAAAAAAACUAUUUUCUUUCCAAAUUAAAAUUACUAGGAAGUU